AUGAAUGAUCACGUUCCCGAACUAAUUAAAAAUGAAAGAUGGGUGGAUGAAAAUGUAUUACAACUUCAGAGUAUUUCGUCUGAUAAAAUGGAAGACCCAAAACUAUGUUUGGAAGACAAAAUGGUACGGGAGAAAACCCGCAAAACAUUAAUGUUAGCUAAUAUCGAAAAAGAAAAAACUAGAUGUUUAUUAAGAAGGUUAAGAGAAGAGUUGGAACAAGUUUUAGCCAGAAACAAGUUACUACCAGAACCAUUGCAAUUUCCUGAUGACUAUUUUCAAUUCGAUGAACGAAUCAUUAGUUCAAUUAUUAAAGAAGAGCAAUUGAAAAUGGAUGAAUUAAAGUUAAGACUGGCAUUCGAUUAUGAAAAAAGCUUGUUAGGUCUUCAAAAUGUCAAAAAUUAUUUCGUCGCUAAUAUUAUAACCAAUACGACAGAUGUAGGAGUCAAAACAAUAUACCACGAAUUGCAACCUAAUAACAUAUUUAUUAGUUUAGUAAAUGAAUUUAUAUCUAAGAAACAUCCGAAACGACGAAGACGUGAAAUGACAGUUUUAAGCAAACCUACUCCCAAUCAAAUAGUUGGGAUUUCCGAAACAGAACUAUUUCUUCGAAAUGUGCGUGAAAUGUAUUCGUCUUUACCAAAGAAAAUUCAGUUUGCCAUAGAUAAGUUUGCAGCAAGAAAAGAUUUUGAAAAUCGACAAAUUCUUAAUAUUCGAGAAAUGUAUAAAAAUAAGCCAGGUGAAGAUAAUAAUAUCGAAGAAGAAGCAUUAUUAGAAUAUACUCUUGAUUCUAUUGGCUAUUUGAACUUAAAAUCGGGAUCAAAUUUUAAAAUGAAUGAAAAUACAAUUAUUAGAAUGGAAGAUACAUUUGAACAGUACAUGGAAGUUAAAGAUAAGAUACACAUUAUGAAAAAAAAAUUUAAUGAAAAAGUGUUCAAACUCAGAAAACAAAAAAUAAAAUUAAUACAUGAGUACAAGCAAUUCAAGUUUGAUAUUAGUAUGAUACAAAAUGAGUUAAAUGAUCCAGAAAUAAUAACGCCAUCAGAUUUCCCUGAAGUCCUGAUGGACGAAUCUAUUGAUCCUAGAUUGAUUGAUUCGUUUGAACCGACAAAUCACUGGGAUCUGAUGGAUUUACUUUAUCAUCCCGAAUUAAGCCCUCUGUAUAAGAAUGCAUAUGUUUACGAAGAGCCUACACAUCAAGAAAUCAUUAUGCAAAAAAUAAGAAUUGAUAAACUUAAAUAUAGACAUAUGCAUUUACAUGAAACAAUGUUAAAGAAAAUCAAUAUGUUUGAUGAUCAUCUGUUGAAGUUGAAUAAAAUGCGAAUAGAAGAUAAACUCGAAAUUAAAUUUCUUGACUUAUGGGCCACGACGUUAGAAGAAGAAAUGUUAGUUUUGUACGAUUUUGAUUUACUCGAAGAUGAACUUUCGUACAAAGUGCAUGUUAAGACAGGAGUACAAAAUAAUAAAGCUCAACAAAUACAAAGAAUUCAAGAUGACAUAAAAUAUUUUAAUGAUAUUCAUAUGAGAGAAACACAUAUGCUAAUAGAUAAUCAACAUACUUUUGAUAUGUGUAUGAAAUUGGAGAAUAAAGGUUUUGCUAAACAUCUUAAAAAAAUUUUCGAUAAAAAAUUGAAAAUACCUAAAAUCAAAUCCAAUGAUGAUGAUGAUACUUCAUCGUCCUCAUCCGACGAAAGUGACGAAUCUGAACCAGAAUAUAAUAACGAAAGUGGAGAAUCAUUAAUGGCAAUGAGUCGAUUACCAACGUUUGAUGAAAAAGUAUUACCAACAGGCUGUGAUCCAAAAUUGUUUAAUAAAACAUUGGAGUUGAGGUCAAAAAAAUAUGAAAUCGAACAAAAGAUCGAGGAUAAUAAAAAAAGAUUGGACGCGAGUAGUACAAAUCUGAGUUUAACUUUCGUGGAACUUGAUGUUAUUGAAGAUGAAUUAAAAGAAAUUCAAAAAGAAUUAGUAUCAUGUCAGACAAAAAAACAAUUGAAACUAAAUGAUAUUUAUACCACGAUUGUACUGUAUAAAUCUCAAAUGACCAAAGCUAAAUCAUUGAAAAGUAGUAUCUUAUUAUAUGGAAAUGUUAUACAAGAUCUAUCAAAUAGAGCGGCUGAAUUAAAAAAAGAAGAAAGAGAGAUAGUGGCCGUUUUAAAAAAAGAAAAGUUAUGUGCCAAAAAGGAUCGCAUUGAAAUAGCCAAAAUGGAGCAAGUUUUGAAAAAUGAAAUGGAAAUGACUAUAAUCGAUUACAUGAUUAUUAAAUCUAAAACUGAAGCUCGAGAUUCAAAGGAUCGUUUUAUUAAAGAAUUAAGAAUAUUAGAAAAUAAAAUUACCACCCAACAAAUUUCAGUAACUAACUUAUUGAAAUCAAAUACUCGUAGAAAUAAGUUGUUAAAAAAUGUUCUAGAAAACAUUAAUACAAUACGACAGUAUUUGGAUGUGGACCAAGAAAGAAUUACGAAAAAAUUUCAAAAUUUGGCAAUGGAAUCAACAUUUACUACUGAGAUAAGUAACAUGAACUGCAUAUAUGAUACAUUAUUACAGAAGAAACAAGACCUUUGUAAACAACUAUACAUGUAUAAAUUAAAAUGCAAAAUGUUAGCUCCUAUAAUGCAACAAUAUAGCCCAAAGGCGAUACAAAGUCAGGCAAUUAAGCAACCAGUUAAACCUGUGACUCGACAAGAUGAGAACGAACAACUUGAUAUAAAUUUUAUAAAAAAACGGUUUUUUUACUAAUUAUUUAGUAUUUAAUAAGAAUUAUACCUUCCUUGUAAGUAUUUGACUUACAAACUAAAAAACUCAUAGGUAUUAAUUAUAAAGAACCAUAAGAAGGCACAUAAAUAUUUGUAUUAAGACUUUGAAACUUGGUUAACAUAAAGUGUACGCGGGCUAACUCAAAAUUGCAUUAUAUUAAGUGAUAUCAACCAGUUAUGGUUAGGUGAUUAAUCAAAAACUUAAAAAAUGUUUUGGGUGACUGUGUUUUAUCUAUAUUUCGUGUGGGUGUGAGAGAGGAAACAAAUAUUUUUCUCUGACAUACUACAGAAUAAGUAAUAAUGAAGUUAAAUACAUAUUUGUUGCAGCGAAUGUAGUAAAUGUGGUAGCUAUUAUUAUAUACUAGCUAUAUGAGUAGGAACUUAUUAAUUUUUUUAAUAGUAGUACAAGCAGUAUGUUGAACCAAAGCACAUAAUUACUAUAUACUAAUAUGGUAGAUGAUACAACUUUUUAACAAAAUCGAGCAUGAUAUAUUAUAUCAUGGGUUAUUAAUAUUAUUAUUAUUAUUAAUUAGCUUAUACUAAGUCAAUACAGUGUACCAUAGAUUAAAUACAAUACAUCUAUACAAGUCACUGAUCACUGAAUAAAAGUCAUACAAAUAAAUCCUUAAGUAAUUUUAAUGGCACCCCAAAAUAUUUAUUUUUUCAUUGUUCUAUUUUGCAUUUAAUGAAAAAAAUAAUUUUUAAAUAAUAUAGUUACUGACAGUAAAAUGUUGAAAGUUUGAAACUUAUUUCCAUAUAUAAUAUUUUGUAACUGGAAAAAGUGUCCCCUUCUUAAUGUACUCAAUAUUUGUGAGCUUACAUAAGUAGUUGUGGAAGUUUAUUUUCCAUAAUGAAUUUGAACAAUGAAAAAAUAAUAAAUUGAUGGAUGAAGCUAAUGCUGCUUGUGUUACAUUAUAAUGUUUAAAACUAACAAUAUAUACAGACUUGUUAUUAAAAAAACGUUUCAUUUUUUUUUAAACCACGAUCACCCAGAGAAAAAUUGCAGAAGUAACAAUGAACAUAUAAUAUAUUACUGUGACGUGAAAUUGUUAUAAUGCUUCGAUUACAAAAUAUUGGCACAUGGCUCAAAAAAGGUUGAUAUAAAAAUAUCAUUCAGAGCAUUCAUCAUAAAUGUGUAUAUCUAGUAAAGGUGUAGAAAUAUCAUAUAAGAAUGGUUUUAUAUUGACUAUAGAUGGUAUAAUUCAUUGUGUCUUAACUUGAGCUGGUAUAAAACAAACAGUAUUUCAUAUUUAAAUAAAAUUAUGUAAGACUAUACACUAUUCAGAAUGAGAUCGUAACUCAGCGGCCGACUGCUUAAAUGGGGGAAGCAUCUGACCGCUACGGACAAAAACUGGUCGCCGCCGAGGUACGAUCUCAAUGUGAAUAGAGUAUACAAGUCUAUACUUAAUGAUUUUUAAUUCAAGUCUAUCAUUAACAUUUUUGUACAAGAUUAUUAUAAUGUACAGAGAAAAUUCACAAUUUACCAAACAAUUUUGUUUCAAAUAUAUAAAUUAAAGUGGCUAUAAUGACUGAAGUUUAUUAGUUCAUAUCUAAAUAAGAAUAUUCUUAUUUAAUACAUUUAAUAGUGUUUUGUUAUUAAAAUUAUUCAUACAUAACAUGUAAAUUGCAUAGUCUAUAAAAAUACAUAAUUAU